AUGGAAAAUGAUAUAAAUUUGGACUUCAUACCACGCCUCAGUGGAAUGGGCUUGUGUGUGGUAAAUUUAAUGGAUGACAUGCAUGAAUACGUGAGAGGACUAUUUUUACUCAUGUAUUGUGCUCCCACCGUACUCUUGGCCUAUUUAUACAUAAGAACCUCACAAGAAUUGCGACCACCGGAAGAGCCAUUGGCCGUUAUGUUGUACGAACAUCGCGUUGACAUUAGAAUGAGGCAACGCAACUCAUCGGCCUCUUCGGUAGACCGUUCGUACAGUGGAGCCACCACCGCUACUAUAGGCGGAACAGGAGGUGGUGGUGGUGUGCUAAAUAGUCACAGCACUUGUAUGGCACCGUAUUCCACCGGCACCGCAACAAGGUCAUAUGAUUUGUACAGCGCUGAAUGGGAUGUAAAUCGUGAGAAACGUAAUCAACGUAAUUUUGGCAGUAUGGCUGCUGCCCAGGUUGUGUGUUUGUGUCCUUUGAUGAUUUUACGCUUUGCACGUCUCUCCAUUGAGGAAACGUACGAGAAUCAAAGACAUUUUGAUUUCACCUACUUGAUGUUUGUAUGGAUUGCCUUUUUGCCCACGGUUAUAUUCCCCUGUAUCUAUGCCUCACAAAUAUUACCAAGAGAGGAACAAGAACGUCUACGAGGUUACUUUCGUUUAUCAUCAAAACGUUUGUCUAAUAAAUCGAAUAAGAAACAUACAAAAGGUGGCAAUGAUGGUCGAAGAGGUGGUAGUGGUGGUGCAGGAGGUAGUGAUGGUCAUACUCCUAGUUCAAGGGAAGAUUCCAUAGAAAAAGAUGAGAAUACAAAUACAACACAAGCAACAUCUAUCAUCUUAAAUGGAGAUGGUUAUAUGAGUGGCAGUGGUGGUGGAGGAGGAGGUACUGAUAUGGUAGGGGGUGUUGGUAGUGAUGCAUUAGGAUCUAGUGUUGCUAAUAAUAAACAUGGAAAAUAUCAACAUCAUUCUAUGUGUAAAGAUGGAGUCAAUGUUGGGGCUACUAGGGUACUACCACCCAGACAUGGCAAAGAUGGUGCUAAACUGUCCAAGCGUAAUGAUUCCUUAGCUAGUGUGACUAAUGACAAUGUACAUGAUGCUAAGAAAUACAAACGUAAGAAUAAUUCUACGGGAAGUGUUGGCGGUGGAGCAGGAGGUGGUGUUGGUGCAAAUUCACUGUCCUCACAACAACAGAGUGAUGUACGCAUUAAUAUAAUUUCCGAUGGUAAAACUAAAUCCUCAACACAAAGACGUAUAAAUUCUGUGGAUGCUGUUAUUGGCCGGCCAUCUUGUUUGGGUGGAGGUCAACGCAAAUUAACUUUGGAAUCGUUAGAUAAUCGUUCUUGCUCGAAUUUAACCUCCUCCACGUAUUGCAAUGGCAACAGUAGUCUGCUGGAUGAUGGUGACGUUAGUAAUUUUGGUGAUGGUGAAGAUUCCUCCAUAGUAAGUGGCAUGAUUGUACAGGCUUCCAGCAAUGGCAGCAGCACCGGAUUACCACCUUACUAUGAAAAGAAACCCAAUGGCAUGAGUUUGUAUUCCAGUGGUGGUUUGCGUGCACGAGACAUGUCUUUUGAUGAUUGCAGCUCAUUUUCUCGCAUCGAUUCUUCCAGUACGUUGGCACGUGAAAUGGAGAUAAUGGAUUUAUUAGAGCGUGAAAGAUCUAGUCUAGAUAUGCAAGAGUUAUUGCAAAGAGAAAAGACCAAUGAGUCCAUAAAAAGAAGGGAAGGAGAGCGUCGUAGAUUACCGGAUAUAGAUAAAAUAUGUCAGAAAUCUCCCAAACCUAAAGUGGAUCCCUAUUCAUAUGACAUAUCCAACAAUACUUCCAUAACAUCAUUGUCGGCUAAAGUGCCCACCUCCACGGAUCCCCUAAGGACAACUGAUUCCUUUAGUUUAUCUUCUCAUAUGAAUGAGGAUGAUGCUUCCCUUAGUUUACCUUACGACAAGGAGCCUAUACAUUCCUCAAAGUCACCACAACGAAGUAGUAUUGACGAGGAGGUGCCCUCCGAUUUCUUUGAUAGUUACACACCCGGUGAUACCACCGCCAUAUUACCAUCCUCAGCGCCUGCUGUAAGCAGUGCUGUACAAUAUCAGUACUCACGUCGUUUAAGUCGCAAAACCUCGGCCCAUCACAAUUCGGGUUCUAAUAGCUCACAUCAUCAUCACAACCAUCGUAUGUCCAAGCGUGACAGUUUCAAUUCACUGAAUAGUAACGAUUUAAUAGCUGGUGCUUUCGGUGAACUGGAUCCCACACAACCCUUAACGAAAAUGUCUGUGAUUGAGAAUCGAGUGGUGAGACGCAGUGGCAGUGGUCGUACUUCUUCGUUUUCUUCCUCAGCACGUAGCUCUAUGAAAUCCCGUGAUUACGGUCAUAGUUCAACGCAUUCGGCUCAUCCGGAAUUGGAUUUCAGGGAAAACUUUUUGGCCGAUUUGUAAGGGAAGCACAGGUACACAAUGUUCUAAAUGGUUUAUAAAGCUUAAGGGUGCUUAGCUAAAUUAAGUUAAUGAAAACUUUAGAGGAAUUUUUUUACAUAAAAAAGUAAGUAUUUAAGAAAAUUUAUAAUUGUUAUAGUUAGUUAAGAGAUUAAAAUAUAUAUACAUAUACAUACACUUACAUACAUAUAAAUGAUUUAAGUGAAUUAAAGUAAAAAUAACUUUUGUAUGUUAAUUUUAGUUUGUAAGUUCGUAGCAGUUGAGUGAAGUGCUUUAAUGUGAGUUUGAAAAGUGGUGCAAUUAAUACAAAAGUUAUUUUUAUCUUGUUCCUGUAUGAAUAACUUUUAAUUAAUUUCUAGGAUAACACGCAAGUAUUGAUUAACAAUUAAUAAAAGACCAGAAAAAAAUAAAAGAUUUAAGAGAGACAGACGCCAAAGCUGUUUGAGAACUCUUACAUAGAGAUUUCGAAUAAAAGAUGAUAAAAGAUAAACAGGAAAAAUACAUUCCUAUUAAUUGUUAAUCAAACCUCGUAAAUAUAAAGUUUACUCAAUUUUUAUGUUUAGUCUUUAACACAUAAACGGGUUUUGUAAAAAUGAAUUUAAAAAAUUUAUGAGAUAAAAAUCUAUAAAAUACAUAAAACAAACAGAAAUUAUGCAAAUUGAGUGGCUUUGUUCGCAAACAAAAGUUCAAUUUUAAACGCAACGAAAAGCUUCAAUAAACAAAAUGGAAACAAACAAAAAAAAAAAUAAACUUAAAAAGCUUUAAACACACACAAAAAAAUAAUCUUAAAACAUAGAAUAGUAUUGAAAAAGAUAAAGGUAAUGAAUCAGGACAAAAGGAAUCUGAAUGAUAAAAAUUUCCCAAAGCUCUGGUCAUUUUAAGACAACAGUUAAUUUUCUAAGAGGAAUCUGAAUGAAAAUGUUCAGAUAGAUCUUCUAACUUUGAGUGGAGAUCACUAUAAUACAAAGCUUUACUUGGUUCUCUUCUCUUUCAAUGAUAUUAAAGAUUGGUUUUCAACCAAGAAAGUAUUCUUUUGUUAAAUAAAAAAAAAACUUAAGAUGACCUUGGCCCAAUAUUAUAAAAUUGCAUAAUUUAAUAAAUAUUUUUUUUUACAAAACAC